AUGAACAGCGUAGGCGAGGCGUGCACCGAGCUGAAGCGGGAGUACGACCAGUGCUUCAACCGCUGGUUCGCCGAGAAGUUCCUCAAGGGCGAGAGCGCCGAGGACCCCUGCGGGCAGCUCUUCAAGCGGUACCAGCUCUGCGUGCAGAAAGCGAUCAAGGAAAAGGACAUACCCAUUGAAGGGCUGGAGUUCAUGGGCCCAAGCAAAGGAAAAACUGAAAACUCCUCUUGACCUCAGCUGUAUGGAUUGAGUCACUAACGUAGCCUUCGGACUAAGCGACAUCACCAGGCACAAGACUAGACACCACCUGGAUAAGAUCUUUGUUAAGCUGCUUUCUAGGAAGCAAGGAAUCCUCUCCGCUUGUAAAAACAAAC